GUGUGUGUGUGUGUGUGUGUGUGUGUGUGUGUGUGUGUGUGUGUGUGUGUGUGUGUGGUAAGGCACUCGACUCUUCAGCGAUGGAAGGUGAAGAUUCAGUUCAACGUAAAUCAAAUCCAGGUCGGCGGUUUGUAGGGCGUGCGGGAGAGGAGAGGGAGCGGAGGGAGCGGAAGGGAGGCAAGAGGACGUCCAUUCAAGUAAAGCCUUGAAGUGCUGACGCAGGAUAACGCAUGCGCCGACGGGGAAACCUCAAGAACAGCCACCAACCCGCAGCAUCCCCUCAGUCAGUGUCACUCACUCGCCCUCCAGCACGCCGCAGAACCAGAAGCCACGCACCAUGGACUCCGAACGACCCCUGAACCUCAUGACGACCUCCUCCACUACCGACGAAGGCAAGAGAGAGGCCAUGUCCCCGCCCUUGCCAUACCACGGACUGCCCCUUCAUCUCCAGCAGCAGCAGCAACAGGCGGAGUGCAGCAGCCGAGUUCCCAAAUGCGCCCGCUGUAGGAACCAUAACAAGCACACGCCAUUAAGAGGCCACAAACGCUACUGCCAGUUCAGGAAGUGCCAAUGUUCGCGAUGCCAGCUCACCGUGGACAGGCAGCGCAUCAUGGCCCGUCAGGUGGCUCUCCGUCGGGCGCAGGAACAGGACGAGGCACGCAGAGUUCUCCUUCAGGAAACGCUGCAAAUGGAGACUUCGCCGGCGCUUACAUCCUCAGACUUGGACGGGUAUCGAAGUGAGGGGUCGGUUUCGCCUGGAAGCUGCCCACCUGCCGUCUCCACCACCAGCACGCCACCGCCUCCGCCGCUGCACUUCCCGCCCCUCCUGCAGCCUCAUCACACCCGCUCAGAGCACCCUCCACACCGCCCCGACCUCGCCCCCCUCGCCUUCACGCCCUCGCCACACAGCGCGUCCGCAAACUGGUCCCUGCAACAACAACAACAACAACAACAACAACAGGCUUCCAUCACCCCUCCUCCUCCUCCUCCUCCUCUUUCUCUCCCUCUCCCUCCUCUUCCUUAUCUCCCUUCUCUCCGCACCUCCCUUUCCUCCUCCCCCUUCCCCUCAUUCUCCCUCUACGACCCCCGCGCCCUCCCUUACAUCUUCUCUCCCCUUCUCUACCCUCAUCAUCAGCAUCAUCAAGCCGCUACCCCGCUGCACCGUUUCCAGCCCAAAAUACCGCAACCCGCAGCCCCCUCCGCCACCGACACCGCCCCCGCCGCCGUCCGCUGCGAUGUUUGUGGGUUGAGCACUUCGUCCGAGUUUGAUUUCCUGCACCAUCGUUGUGAUUCGCAUUGAGUUGGGUUCUCUCUCGCUUCUCUUCUUUUUUUUCCGUUUUUCGCUUGAUAUUCCUGUUGUUUUCCUGUUUGACUUUCUGUUGUUUUUCUCGUCCAGUUUUGUCUUCAGCUUUUUUUUAUAUGUCUGCUUUUUUGUCUGUUUAUUUUAUUUUCAUAGUUUUUUUCAUGUUUUUCUUGUCUCUUCAUCAUUAUUUCAGCGUCUGAUUUUGUUUUUUUUCAUUUGUCUUCAUCAUUUUCUUCAUCUGAUUUCUGUCUCUAUCUCUGUCUGGUUUUUUUUUGUCUGUUUAUUUUAUUUUCAUCGUUUUUUUCAUGUUUUUUUUUGUCUUUUCAUUUCAUUUGUCUUCAUCGUUUCUUUUCAUCUGAUUUUUGUAUCUAUCCUAUAUUAUGUUUUGUCCAUUCAUCUCUUUCCCUUCUUUUAAUUAUCUCUGUUUAUCUUCUUUCUUCAUCUAUUUCUGUCUUACUUAUCAUCCAUGUGUGUGUGUCUGUCUGUCUGUAUCUCUUUGUCUCUCUCUGUACCUGUCUGUGUGUGUGUGUGUGUGUGUGUGUGUGUGUGUGUGUGUGUGUGUGUGUGUGUGUGUGUGUGUGUGUGUGUGUGUGUGUGUGUGUGUGUGUUUCUUUUUUUUCUGCGUCUCCCUGUGCUAUUUCCUCAUGUGGGUCACGGCUUUUCCCUUGUUGUUGUUGUUGUUGUUGUUGUUAUUGUUGAUCUUCUUCUUCUUCUUCUUCUUUUUCUUUUUCUUUUUCUUCUUCUUCUUCUUCUUCUUCUUCUUCUUCUUCCUUUUCUUCUCGUCGUCGUCUUACUAAUACUUGUUGUUGCUGUUUAUAUAUACUUGUUGUCAUUUUUUCGUUUUGUUAUUGUUAUUAUUGUCGGUGUGAAGGAGUUUUUUUUAUGUAGCAGGAAGCAGAUGAAGAACUAUUAGCUUUAGUAUUGCAUUAUUGUCUUGUUUUUCUUCUUUUUUCUCAAGUUUAUCGUCCUUAUUAACUCAUUCCGUGUUAAUUUAUAUUCAGAAAAAAAAAACAUCCCCGGAAGCCACCAGCAAUUGACCUCUCGUGGAAUGUGAAAACGGUAAAAACAAAAAGGAAUUCGAUCCUUGUUGACUAAGCAUAGAAUCAGGGUUGAGCUCUUCCCCGCACUCACCCUGAUUCACUGAUUUUAAUUUAAAGAAGAACCUACAGAAAUAUUUUGAUGAUGCCUCCGGAGCAAAGCACUGAAAAUAAGGGGAAAAAAUGGUGCUUCUGUGAAAAGGUCAAACGUUCGGCAAAAGGAGAUUAUCAGCGUAUCAUAUUUCUCUGUAGUUGUUGAUUACUGACUUUAGUUCUAUCUUCAAUUAAUGUUUUGUUAGUUUACUUGCCUUAAGGGUAAAAAAAGAAGUAGGUUAGUGGGGAAAGUACAGUAAGUGUCAGCAGGGAGAGGAGGCAGAGAUGGAUACAAGAGAAAACAUGACUUGGCUGAACAUCUUCCCGUUAUACUUUCUCUCGCGUCUGGCUGUGUGAGUGUAAGCUUACUAAAUACGAUAGAAAGAAACGUCCCUUGUAAGUGUUUUAACCAGCUCGUCUUUCUUCCUUGUAAGUGUUGCCAAGUGUUAUGGUGACCCGGACAUGAUUAUAAUUUGAUGGGUCUGUUAAUUAAGGGUUAAUGUAAGGAAUUGAUUGUUUAGUUAGUACAAUAAAAGGAUAUUGAAGAUGUAUAUAGUAAUGUUUAUAGGUUGAGAGAGAGAGAGAGAGAGAGAGAGUCAGAGUCAUGUAACUUUUUCUUUAUUCAGUGAUACCA